UGAAAAUUGGUAAAGGUUCUUAAUUGUAUAUUUUUAUUUGUAGAAUUAAUUAUCUGUGGUAUUUUUAUACAUUACUCGUUUUCUAUGUAAAAGUUAUAGUAAAUAGUCUUUAUACAAAAAUGACAAAAGUACAUUCAAGUUCCAGAAAAAAACCAGUAACACAUGUCAUUAACUUCUGAAGAGCAAGAGAUUCGCUGUGUGCAACAUUGGUUUCAAAAUUGGACACCACCUCAAAGAGCAGAGUUCCUUAAUCUACUGAUAGACAAAUAUUCUCCUGAUACUUUAGAUUUAGGAAGAAAUUUUGAAUUGCUACAAAUUUCAAGCAACUGUCCAUCUGUUUUUGAAUGCCAGUUGAAACAAUUUUCCCUGUGGUUUGAUGAAUGGUCUUUAAAAGCUAUUUGAAGAUAAAUUUGCUCAUUAAUUCUUAAAAUGGAGUUAAUCGGAGAGUAUGAUUUAGGAAAGAUCAGUUCCGAUCUACGGAAGAUCGUGAAACAAUGUAAUAAAAGAGGACUGAGGAACACUGUAAGUUGGGCAGCUGAAUUAUAUCUUUCUCUUAGCGACUUGGUGGAUUCAGAGCCAGAAGAAAUGGAUGAAACGCCAUCAAUGGAUAAGAAAGAAUUCGCUUAUUAUUCUUUAGCUAAAUCUUACUUUGAUUGUCAAGAGUAUGACAGAGCCGCAUAUUUUGCUCAGUCUUGUCAGUCUCCAGUUGCUAGAUUUUUACACUAUUACUCCGUUUACUCAUCGGGAGAGAAGAAGAGACUGGAUGACAUUGCCGAAGUGUCCCCACCCAACGAUAAGUGUAAAAACACCGUCCUCAAAUCUCUAAGGCUUCAGCUUCAAAAAGCACAUCUGGCGGGUACUCUGGACGGUUACUGUCUGUAUUUGUAUGGUGUUGUUUUAAAAAAACUGCAACUCGAGAAGCUUGCCCUUGAAAUUCUGUGCGAAGCCAUUCAAAGUGAACCACUCUACUGGGGUUCAUGGUUGGAACUUGCCACUCUUGUAUCUGACAGAGAAAUGCUUAAUGAUUUGGUAUUGCCAAAUUGUUGGAUGAAAGACUUUUUCCUAGCUCACACUUACUUAGAAAUUCAAAUGAAUGAAUCGGCUUUGGAGAUUUAUAAUAAACUCAUGGAUCAAGGAUUUUCAAAGAGCACCUAUGUCAUGGCGCAAAUUGCCAUUGCUUACCAUAAUAUGAGAGAUUUGGAAAAAGCUAUUAGUGGCUUCCAGGAUAUUCUUAAGGUUGAUCCCUACAGGCUGGACAAUAUGGACAUCUAUUCUAAUUUACUCUAUGUAAAAGAAAUGAGGGUAGAAUUAAGUAAUUUAGCUCAUAAUUCCUGUGACAUUGAUAAAUACAGAUUUGAAACGUGUUGUGUGAUUGGUAAUUUCUACAGUUUACGAACUCAGCACGAAAAAGCUGUUUUGUAUUUCCAAAGAGCACUGAAAUUGAAUCCUAAUUACUUAUCAGCGUGGACUUUAAUGGGACACGAAUAUAUGGAAAUGAAAAAUACUAGCUUUGCUAUACAAGCAUAUAGGCAAGCCAUUGAGGUUAAUAAGAGGGAUUAUCGUGCUUGGUAUGGAUUGGGCCAAACAUAUGAAAUCCUGAAAAUGCCAUGUUAUUGUCUUUAUUAUUAUAAACAAGCUCAACAGUUAAGACCAUAUGAUUCACGUAUGCUGGUAGCAUUGGGUGAGGCUUAUGAGAAGUUAGAUAAACUAAAAGAAGCCAAAAAAUGUUUUUGGAAAGCCCAUGCCGUUGGUGAUGUUGAAGGAAUGGCUUUAAUUAAACUUGCCAGGAUGUAUGAAAAACUGAAUGAAGAAAAACAGUCAGCUGCUGCAUAUACUGAUUAUAUUCGAGAUGCCGAAGCUAGAAAUGCAACUGAUAGGGAUGAAUUAUGCCAUGCAUAUUUGUAUUUAGCCAAAUAUUAUUAUGAACAUCUCAAAUUAGAAGAAGCCCAUGAUAAUGCUCAAAAGUGUUUGGAUUAUCCAGAAACGAAAGAAGAUGCUAAAACCCUCCUGAGACAGAUUGCUGCUCGAAGAAUGCAAACUGAAGAUAACCGAAAUAACUCCAAUCAGUUUCGAAAUCAGAACGCCACAACACCUGCUACUGGGCAUUUGUCACCAAUGAACUUAACCUUCACACCAUAAUAAAUAUGUUAAUGCCAUUUUACAAUUGGACAGUUGUUAGUAUGUAACUUGUUUUUUCAAUCAAAGUGUAUGGUCUUUUCACAUUAAUGUCAUUGAUCUAUUUCAAAAUUUACAUAUUUCUAUUAAUGGAAUGAAUUAUAGUUUUUACUAAAUAUGAUUGACAACUCAGUAUAAUGCCAUUGUUUAUUUUCUUAAAAAAAUGUAACAAGUUUUCUAUUAUGAAAUAGCAUUUUGUUAGAAGUUUUAUUUUUCAUUAUAAUUCAUUUAUUCAAAGAUAAUUAUAUUAUGACUAUUUUACUUGAUAAUACAUAGAAAACUACUGUGGUUUGGUGAAUGAUUGUGUAGUCAUUCUGAUGAAUAACUGUUUCUAUACUGUCAGGGCUUAGAAAUAACUGAAAAAAAUUAAAUAACUUUAUCUUAAAUAUAUAGUUUCACUAUCUGGAAUAAUGAUUUAUUUAAAACCAAAUGUAUCACAUUUGUUUAAAAUAUUUUAAAUGCAUUAUUCAAGUCUAUUUUAAUUGUGUAUGAAUACACUUUUCUCCCUGUAAUGUAAAUUUAAGUUGUAAAAGCUACCUAUUUAUAUUUGUUAUGGUAAAUCUAAUAAAAUUGUGAAUGUAUAAUUACUGGAUUAAUUCCAUUUACCAUAACAUUUCUACUUUUAAAAUCAAAAAAAAAAAAAAAAAAACUUUAUACAACUCACUUCCUCUUAUCCCAUUAAUAUUAUUUUUUCUAUUUUAUUAAUUUUCUGUUUGAUUUUAAUUUGAAUUCUUUAAAAAAAUUAAGAGAAAUUACAUUUUGAAAAAUGUUGUAGCUAAAAUAACUUGCAUGUAUAUUAUGAAAAUGAAAUGAACAUGUUAAAAUUUAGGCUUAAAAUUAAAAUCUAUAUAAUAUUUGUCAGCAGUGUUGAUCAAAUUUCUAUAACUUGGAACCAAGGUUUAAGAUUGCAAUAAAAAUGGAUUUCGUUUGAUUAUAAUAAAAAAGUUAAUUUGACUAUGGUAUUGCAUAUUUUAUUUGGCCAAAUUAAGUUUUUAAAUUUUUUUGUAGAUGUUUAUUCUGAAACUUAGAAAUUAAUAUGAUAGAAAUAAAAGUUAUAGUAAUAUUCAAGACAACAUUCCAUUUAUGGAAGUACUGAAAUAUAUCAUUUUGCAAAGAAUUUUAUGUUUGUAAAAUCAUUUUGUGUACAAUUAUUGAAGGAACUUUUAUUGUAUUGUUCAAUUUUUUGUAAUAAAAUUUGUGCCAUUCCCUGAAAUAAAGUAAUAUUGGUUCAA